UAAUAUUUGUCGGCGCAGGGCUCUGAAUGUCUAUUGGAGAAAUCGUGAAAAAAUUUGGAAAAGAAAUAAAAUAAAGACAUUUUUAUAAAAAACAGAUAAUAAAAACGUGCGGUUAUUAUAAACAAUUGCAAAAAUAUCAUUAAUAUAAAAAAACAUUUAAUAUUCCCAACAAUUUUACAAAAACCGCUUAAUUCCCAACAGAAGAAAUACAAUUUCUUGAGAUUUUAUAUUUUGGAAUGAAAUUGUGAGUGAUUAAGUAAAAAGUGCAAAAUUCUUGAAAAUCAUUUGCAAAACCCACAAGAUUAGGAUUGGUGGUUGUUCUGUUUUCCUUAUUAACAAAAAAACUUACUAAAUAAAACGCAUUAAGACAGACACAAAACAUGGAUGAAGAUUGGACGGGCAAAGCAGUUUCCAUAGAAUGUGACGUGAAACUGGGAGUUUUUCAGGGCAUCAUAUCACAGUGUACUCCUUCAGAAAUAACUAUAGUACGGGCAUUUAGAAAUGGUGUGCCUUUGCGAAAGCAAGAUGCUGAGGUGACUUUACGGUCAUCGGAUAUUUUAAAAAUAAGUUUGAUUCCAUCAUAUAAUGCACAGAGUUCUGUAACACCAACUGUCAUCAACAAACCCACGCCGGUUAAACAGCCCAAUUUUGCCAGUGCAGGAACAUUAACAUUAGUACAAAGUAACACAACCGGUAGAGCCUCCGAACAACAAAUCGACUGCUCCGAUGUAAAUUCGACACUUAGUAACAAGUUGACUAAAAUGAAAGUGCAUACAAAUAUAAACAAUUAUGAACAACCAGGAAGCGCCCCAAGAGCCUCAAGUGCGCAACAAGUUUUAUACGGCAGCACCAAAUCUACGCCUCCACCACAAACAUCUGCAUUGACUUCCGGUAGUGUUGCAAAUUUUUUUGGAAAUUUGAUUCCACACAAAGUAGAGGUACGUCUUGGGUCAACUGGUUUAUCAGGAGCUUGCGGCUCCGCAUCUUUAUAUUCCACGUCCGAUGGCGGCAGCAGCAGCAGCAAACCCAUUGACAUUGUACAGAAUAAAGGAGGUUUCUUUAACAACCAAAACAACGGCGGUGCUUCGUAUUCAAGCGGCAAUGGCGGAGGUCAAGUUAAUAGCAGAACUCAAAGGACUAAUUCAUGUUAUACAAACAAUGGCAACAAUGGUGUCAGUAAUGGAAACGCUGGUCGUAGUAAGCAACGCAACAAACAGAUACGCCGGGAAAAUAGUGUUAAGCAUAAUCAGACAUUUGGCACUUCUAUGGAUGAUCCACUACUCCAUGAAGAUUUCGAUUUUGAGGGCAACUUGGCCCUGUUUGAUAAGCAAGCCAUUUGGGAUUCGUUGGAGGCAGGUAAAAAACCUGAUGUUGUACAACAUGCCGUUUCAGCACAGCAACAGAAAAAAUACCGCCACGAUGAAAAUGUUAUAGUCAGCGAGCCAGCUGAAAUGCGCCAAAUUGAAUCACUUUUUGAGGGUUCAGAAGAUUUCGUAACGGACGAGGGUCUUAUCAUACCCACUGUACCAUCGUUUGUGCGUUUGAAAAUUGAAACAUGUGCCCUUAAAUGCGGACUAACGCUGCAGCGACAACUUGAUAUGUUAGCGCGCGGUGCCACAGAUUUGGCAAUACUUCUAUUGGGAGGAGCUCGCCGCCUAACACCCAACAAUCGUCAUCAGUGGCCAACAAUUGCCAUUAUUUGUGAAAAAUCAGACCAAUUUAGAUCAAGUAAUGUGGGAGCUUCCACGGGCCGCCAGUUAGCAUCUCAUGGUCUAAAAGUUUUAUUAUACUUGGAGGAAGAUUCUAAUAUUGAGCAGAAAAGUAUUGAGAUUUCUCUAUUUAAGGCCACCGGCAACACAGUAGUUUACUCCGCAAAUGCACUACCUACUCCUGAUCUUGUGAUAAUAUCGACAAAUACCUCAAAUUUGUCCAGUGAUGUAAAGAAAUGGCUAAGUGAAAACAGGGCAUCUAUUUUAGCUAUUGAUCCGCCACCGAGUGGCAUUCCUGACGUCUCUAUUAAAUAUGCAAUUUUACCCAUACUACCAUUGAAUGGCAUAUCAUCGAACAAUUGUGGCAAACUGUAUUUAUGUAAUUUGGGAAUACCCGAUAAGUUUUAUCGUGAUGCUGGCAUUAAGUACAAAAGUCCAUUUGGGCACAAAUUUGUGAUACCUAUUCACUCAAAGAAUUAAAUAAAAAUGAGAAAAACAAGAAAUUAUUGAGCAUAUACAUACAUAUUUACAGUGUGUCAACUACUCAUGCAACAAUCGUUAAUUAAAUUUUUUUGUUUGUUUGUUUUUUUAUUAUUUAUUGUGGCAAAUUUACAAUCUUACAACUUUAAUUAAAAAGUAUGAUGAGUACAUUUUAUUAUUUAUGUUUU